AUGGCGCCCGGUAUCUUGAAUACGGAUCCUGAGGUGGCGGUUGAGAAGGUCACAUCGCUAGCUCAGUUGACUGAGGACUGGGAUGACACAAUCCGCUUCUAUCUUAACGGCACCAAGGUUGCUGUCGACACCGUUAACCCGGAAGUGACACUGCUCGAAUACUUGAGAGGCAUCGGGUUGACGGGAACGAAGCUUGGUUGCGCCGAGGGAGGUUGUGGCGCUUGUACAGUGGUAGUUUCGCAUAUCAACCCCACCACAAAGAAAAUAUAUCACGCAUCUGUCAAUGCUUGCAUCGCUCCCUUGGUCAGCAUCGAUGGAAAACACGUCAUCACCAUCGAAGGAAUCGGAAAUGUGAAUAGCCCCCAUGCGGUCCAACAGCGGAUCGCCGUUGCAAACGGGAGUCAGUGUGGCUUCUGUACCCCGGGAAUUAUUAUGAGCCUGUAUGCUUUGCUCCGUAACGAUCCUGUUCCUGAUGAACAUGCGGUCGAAGAGGCCUUUGAUGGAAACCUUUGUCGCUGUACCGGUUACAGACCCAUCCUGGACGCCGCUCAGAGUUUUAACUCCCGCAACAAUUGUGGUAAAGCAAGUGCCAACGGAGGCUCGGGCUGCUGCAUGGAAAAAGGCGCUGGUGGCUGUUGCAAAGGACUUUCUGCAACAACCGAGGAUGAGGAGAGACUGGAGCCCAAAUUCCCAGCGCCCGAAUUCAAGGCCUAUAAUCCUGAUACAGAGCUGAUAUUCCCGUCGGCACUGAGGAAACACGAGUACCGACCCCUUGUAUAUGGCAACAAGAGGAAGAAGUGGUAUCGACCCGUGACUGUUGAACAGCUAUUGCAUAUUAAGAGUAUUCACCCUGAAGCUAAAUUGAUUGGAGGAAGCACGGAAACCCAGAUCGAGAUCAAAUUCAAAGCGAUGAACUACGCUGCUUCUGUUUAUCUGGGCGAUAUCCCCGAGCUGAAGCAGUUCAAAUUCCACGAUGAAUAUCUUGAGAUCGGUGCAAAUAUAUCAUUGACAGACUUGGAGACCGUCUGUGACGAGGCAGUCAAGCGUUAUGGACCCGUUCGAGCCCAGCCCUUCAAGGCGAUCAAAAAACAAUUACACUAUUUUGCUGGACGACAGAUUCGAAAUGUCGCAUCUCCAGCUGGAAAUCUGGCCACUGCGUCACCCAUUGCAGACUUGAAUCCCUGUCUUGUCGCAACAAACACCACUCUGGUUGCCAGAUCACUCUCAGAAGAGAAAGAAAUUCCUAUGACGGAAUUCUUCUUGGGAUAUCGAAAGACAGCUCUACCCCAAGAUGCGAUUAUUUCAAGUCUUCGGAUCCCACUUGCUGCAGAGAAAGGCGAAUUUUUCCGCGCUUACAAGCAAUCGAAGCGCAAGGAUGAUGACAUUGCUAUUGUCACAUCUGCACAGCGAAUUUUAUUAUCCGAGGCCAACGACGUGAUUAGUUGCAACCUUGUGUUCGGUGGCAUGGCCCCGUUGACUGUGUCUGCGAAGAAUGCAGAGGCUGCUCUAGUUGGCAAGAAAUUCACCGAUCCUGCAACGCUGGAAGCUGUCAUGAGCGCUUUGGAAGUUGAUUUCAACCUCCCCUUCGGAGUCCCGGGUGGCAUGGCAACCUACCGAAAGUCACUAGCAAUGGGCUUCUUUUAUCGAUUUUACCACGAUAUCCUGUCCGGCCUUGAAGUAAAGUCUUCUGACCUGGACCCUGAUGUGGUUGCUGAGAUCGAGAGAGCCAUCUCCACUGGGGAGAAGGACCACGAGGCGUCCGUGAAGUACCAGCAAAAGAUCCUCGGCAAGGCUACUCCUCAUGUCUCGGCACUUAAACAGGCUACUGGCGAGGCACAGUACACCGACGACAUUCCCGUGCAGCAAAAUGAAUUGUUUGGUUGCAUGGUACUAUCCACCAAGGCCCACGCUAAAAUUCUUAGUGUGGACUACGCGGCCGCACUGGACAUUCCGGGUGUCGUUGAUUAUGUCGAUCAUAGAGACCUGCCUAACCCUGAAGCUAACUGGUGGGGAGCACCUGUUCCGGAUGAGCAGUUCUUUGCCGUUGAAGAGGUGCGCACGGCCGGUCAACCUAUCGGUGUUAUUCUGGCUACCAGUGCUAAGAUUGCUGAGGCGGGUAUGCGAGCUGUCAAGGUGGAAUACGAGGAUCUGCCUGUCAUUCUUACUAUCGAAGAGGCGAUCAAGGCGGAAUCUUUCUUUGCUCAUUACCGUUACAUCAAGUGCGGUGAUACAGAAGAGGCAUUCAAGCAGGCUGAUCAUGUCUUCGAAGGCGUUUCGCAAAUGGGCGGUCAAGAGCACUUUUAUCUUGAAACCCAGGCUUGUCUCUGCAUUUGGAAGCCAGAGGAUGGCGAAAUGGAAGUUUGGAGUGGCACUCAGAACCCAACUGAGACGCAGACCUACAUUGCUCAAGUCACAGGUGUGGCUGCGAACAAGAUUGUCUCUCGCGUAAAGCGCCUUGGAGGUGGCUUUGGUGGUAAAGAAACACGCUCUAUCCAGCUAGCUGGGAUCUGUGCCACCGCAGCUGCGAAGCUGAAACGACCGGUUCGCUGCAUGCUUAAUCGUGACGAGGAUAUCAUAACCUCGGGUCAACGCCACCCAUUCAUGUGCAAAUGGAAGGUGGGAGUGACAAAGGAGGGAAAGAUCUUGGCCCUUGAUGCCGAUGUGUAUGCCAAUGGUGGUCACACGCAGGAUCUAUCUGGCGCUGUUGUUGAAAGAAGUCUGUCACACAUUGACGGUGUGUACAAGAUUCCCAACGUGCACGUGCGUGGUCGAAUCUGUAAGACAAAUACCGUUUCCAACACGGCGUUCCGUGGCUUCGGUGGCCCACAGGGUCUUUUCUUCGCAGAGUGUUAUAUUUCAGAGAUUGCAGAUCAUCUGAACAUCCCUGCAGAGGACCUUCGGGCUCUAAAUAUGUACCAGCCCGACGAGACCACCCACUUUCACCAACCACUCAAGGACUGGCACGUUCCGUUGAUGUAUAACCAGGUCCUGGAGGAGAGUAAGUACAACGAGCGACGGAAGGCGGUGACGGAGUACAACAAAGAGCACAAAUGGUCCAAACGUGGAAUGGCUAUCGUACCAACCAAGUUCGGUAUCUCCUUCACAGCUCUGUUCCUGAACCAGGCAGGUGCCUUGGUACACAUUUACCACGAUGGUAGUGUUCUUGUGGCACACGGCGGUGUUGAAAUGGGACAAGGCCUUCACACGAAGAUGGUCAUGAUUGCUGCGGAGGCUCUUCAAGUGCCACAAGACAGUGUCUUCAUCUCCGAGACGGCUACCAAUACUGUUCCCAAUACAUCUUCGACCGCCGCAUCCGCCAGUUCCGAUCUCAACGGCUACGCCAUUUUCAACGCCUGUGAGCAACUCAACGAGCGACUCAAGCCUUACCGUGAGAAGAUGCCCAACGCGACAAUGAAAGAACUCGCACACACAGCAUACUUUGACCGUGUCAACCUUUCCGCGCAGGGAUAUUACCGAACUCCCGACAUCGGCUACGUGUGGGGUGAGAACUCCGGGCAAAUGUUCUUCUACUUCACCCAAGGCGUCACCGCUGCCGAAGUGCAGAUUGACACUCUAACUGGUGACUGGACACCUCUCCGCGCUGACAUCAAAAUGGAUGUUGGUCGUACAAUCAACCCGUCCAUCGACUAUGGUCAGAUCGAGGGAGCCUAUGUCCAGGGCCAGGGCCUUUUCACCACCGAAGAAAGUCUUUGGCACCGCGCCUCAGGACAGAUCUUUACGCGUGGACCUGGUAAUUACAAGAUCCCGGGCUUCCGUGACAUUCCCCAAAUUUUCAAUGUCAGCCUGCUAAAGGACGUGGAAUGGGAGAACCUGCGCACGAUCCAGCGUUCGCGCGGUAUUGGUGAGCCGCCACUUUUCAUGGGCAGUGCCGUUUUCUUCGCUAUUCGAGAUGCCCUGAAGGCAGCUCGGGAACAGUGGGGUGUCAAGGAAGUCUUGAGCUUGCGUAGCCCUGCUACACCCGAGCGCAUUCGGAUCAGCUGCGCCGAUCCCAUCAUUGAACGAGCCCGGGUUCAACCAAAGGAAGGGGAGCAGAGUUUCUUUGUUGAGAUUUGA